UACCCAAACAGACGCUCUACACAACACACAUCGCAUUCCGAAUAUUUUUCAUCGAAAUAAAAGUGCAAAUUUAUUUAUUUUCUCGUUUAGAAUCAUAAUUGGUCACAAAAUGGAUAUGGAAAAAAUUGAUACCGAAUUUGAAUUUUAUGAAUUCACUUUGGAAGAGCUGAAAAAUCAAUAUGAGACGAUGUUUCGUUUGCAUUGUAAAAAAAUGAUUGAAAAAUUUUCCAACGAUGUUAUUAGCUCCGCGCAAAAGGAAUUUACGGUGGAAACGGCAAACAAUAUCAAAUCGUUUGCAGAAAAAGACGCUAUGAAAUUGAUCAAACCGGAGACGGUGAAACUUUUACUGCGAGCAAAUUCAUACAUUGAUAAAGUAUUCACAAUUCCCCCAAGCGUACCGGUUGGUGAAAAUUUUCUUCAAAAUACACCCGAAAUGGAUGAGUACGAAAAUAAGUGCAAAUUGGAAAUAGCCGAACUUGAUCUGGUGUACAAACAACAAGCAAUCAUGAUGAAUUAUCUGCAAAAAGAAUUGGAAAUGUAUGAUAGCAGCGGAUUGAUUGAAGAAUCGGAAAUUGACAUGAGCAUGUGCGAUAUGUUCGACAAUAAUUUUACCGACACUAAUUUAAACAGUGACGUUGUUGAAAAGGUAGUUCAGAUGCUGCAUGAAUGUGGCAUCAAAUCGGAUGAAUAAAACCAGCGUUAGAAUCGAAUGAUUAGAUAUAAACAAAGCAUGACGAUAAUGACAAAGGAGCAACGCAGCAACUUCUUUAUGGUUGUCUGGUGCUCUCAACGUUGCUUAUUACCAUCGUGCUUUAGAUAUAAAUGAUCCAUCUAAGUUAUCUUAAAUAAUUUUUUAUGAAACCCAAUCAAGCAAAUAAAAGAAUCAUAUUCAGAAUCUGA